AUCCAGCGGGGAGGGCGGGGGCUGCUGUUCUCUCCACAAGAUGAUGAUGAUAAUGAUUGAUGAUGAUUAAUAAUAAUAACAAUAACAACAACAACAUUUUAUAUCCCGCUGUUCCUCCAAGGAGCCCAGAGCACUGUAUUACAUACUUAGAGGUUUCUUUUCACAACAACCCUGUGAAGUAGGUUAGGCUGUAAGGGCUGUAAGAUGUCAGGGCAAGCAGGCAGGCAGGCAGAGAGACCCCCAGGGCCAUGGCUGCUUCUCGUCCCUCCUCCCCUUCCACAGGCAGCAGCAUAUCAAGGCGGAGGAGGGGGACUCCUUGCUCUUCCCAAAUCCCCUGAACCCCCAGUUGUGCUUUUCUCUGUUUUCUGGAUCCCACCCCUGGCACAUCACUUUGCUACUUUGGGCAGGAAGGGGCAUGUAUUUAAUUUAAAUUUAAUUUAAUUUAAACAAGGCAGCAAGCAAAGUUGCAUGCACAUCCUGCUCCCCAAUUCCUUCGGUUUCAGACUCUCUUUCCGUCUGCGUCUAGAAGUAAAUAAUGGAGCUAGAUGAAGAAGUGAAUGAAAACUUAAAAAUGCAGUUUAAGGCUCUCCAGGAGCAGCAGCAGAAGAGAAUGCAAAAUCUGAUGGAGAAAAAGAAAGAAAAACAGCAGAGCCUGAAAACAAACAGCAAGGACAACCAAGAAGAGUCAUUUGGAGUCCAAGAUAAUCUUGACUUGUCCUCUCUGGAUAGUCCGAUGUUAAAGGAGGACAUCAGAAAAAGGUUGCUCGAGGAUGAAAAUGAGCAGCUCCAGAACCAGCUUCGGGAGACUGUAGAUGAAAAUGGCAGGCUGUACAAACUGCUGAAGGAAAGGGACUUCGAAAUCAAACAACUCCAGAAGAAAAUAGAAGAGGAAAGGAUGGCCAUGAUGGGGACGGCUGGUUUGGCAGGAGACGUCGCUGCCACUAAAAUUGUCGAACUGGCCAAACGGAACCGUCACCUGACUGCCGAGAUUGAAAGGGAGAAAACCAGAGUCAAACAACUCAACAACAGAAUCAAAGAGCUGGACAAAGAAUUACAAAUGUCCACAGUCAAGCUCCAGUCAGUUGGAGAUAAAAACAACCAACCUGCUCGCAAAACAGGGGAUAUGUCUUUGGACUCAUCAAACAACUCUCCCUUUCUCUUGAACCCUGAGAGCCCAGAGAUGAAAGUCUUACAAGAAAAAUUAAGCGCUGCCAACUUGAAAGUGUCUGAAUAUCGCAACCAGCUCCAGACCACAAAGCAGGAGCUUAAGAUGACACAGAAGCUUUUUGCAAAUGAGGUUGGAGAAGACGUCAACAUUCAAAAUCUGUUGUCCACCCCGGGCACCUGGCGUGGGCGGGCUCAGCAGAUUCUUGUGCUGCAAGGCAAAGUCCGGGAGCUGGAGAACCAGUUGGGUCAUAGCAAAAGCAGGUUGUCUGAGAGCUGUGCCGAUGGGGAAGUGUUAAGCCAUACAAACUCACGGAAAAGGUCUGCCCAGGAGAAAAACCUGCAGCACAUUCGGACUUUGGAAAAAGAAAAGAAAGAAGCACUGGAGAAACUUACCAAUGAGUACAAUGCCUUCAAGAAGGACCAGGAGGAUGUGAAAAAGAAGUUAGACUCCUCCAAAGCCAGGAACAAAAUGUUGUCCAGUGAGGUGAAAACCCUGAAGGAGCAAAUCUCAACCCUGCUGGACAAGGGGAAGCAUGAUGAUGAGCUCAUUGAUGCUUUACUGAGCCAACAGAAGGAAAUGCAAAUCAUCCUAAAGAACCUGAGCCAGCAGGACAAGAGGAACAAGGAAUGCCGCCAGAGCCUGGGGCAGCAGCUGAACAUUGAGGCGCAGAAGCAAACCUGCCUCAUAGAGCAGCUCAAGCAGAUGGUAGCUGAACGAGAAGCCAGAGUGAGAGAGCUGGAGGAGAAAGUCAGGCAACUUGCAUCGCAGCACCAUCGUAAUCAGACAGAAGAAAAUAAUUCAGACUCCACUUCUACGCUGUCUUCAGAGUCUUUAGAAGGGGAGAACUGUGCCGCAGGGUCCAGGAGGGACGACUGCAUUGCGAAGAACAGCUCUGCACGGCUGGUGUCUAAGAUGGGGCACACGCUCGUGGACUCGGCAGCCACUUCACUUCCAGCCACGGUCUCUCUUGGGAGGACUGUUGAACCUGACACCCCUGACAUGAAAACCCUGAAGGUCCAGAUCGUGGAAUACAAAGCUCUCAGUCAGGCAGCUCAAGUGGAGCGGGACAGACUGAUAGAGCUGGUCAGCAUCCUGCAGAAAAGGGUGGAUGAAAGCACCACUAAGAUUUGGGAAGCUGAGAAGAAGUUUCAAGAUCAGCAGCAGAGAUACGUUGUUCUAGAACAGCAGUUUGAAAAACUGAAAAUGGAGGCAGGGAAGACAUCCAGCACACAGAAAAUCCACUCAAAAGGCAAAGCAGCAGGCUCUGCAUCUGCAGUUCAGCCCCUCAGUAACACCAGGCUCAGCUGGAAUGCAGGUGAUCAGAAAGAUCUUCUCUCAGAAGUGCCCCUGGAGUCCCAAAUAGAAGAAGUGUCCACAAGGCUUGCCAUCCAAGUGGAGGAGAAUGAAAGCCUGAAGAGCGCUUUACAGACUACUAUGAAAACAAAAGAGGAAGACUUCCGGGUGUACCAGGAAACAAUGGGCCAGGUGAAGGAGAUCUUCCUACAGGCUCUGAGGCAGCAGAAGCAGGACAGGAUCUAAGCCAGACCCACCCAGAGUGCCCUGCUGAGGUGGGGGGAGGGGAGGGGAGGGGAGGGGAGGGAGGUUAUCAGGGCACUUGAGAGAUCAUAGUUACCUCUUGCCAGGUUUGUCCCGACCCCCACCCCACCCCAAAUUAUAUUUAUUUAAAUACUUGCAGGAGAGCAUGACAAAUAGAGCUAAUCUUGAUCUUGUUGAAGACGCUGAUGCUGUUGCAAGCUCUUGCCUGCAAGAGAAAGAGAGAGGUCAGCUCUUCUCAUGCAUAAUGAAGUACAUGUAACUGUACCUGAUGGAACUCCAGGCCUGCACUCUGAUGCAGGUCUAGAAUCUGACUAGGCAGCCCUUGAGGUUCACCUGUGUAGAAGGAGCUGGACCAACUUAUGUACUUGCAAUGCUGGUGUUUUGUUUUUUUAAUCUAUAGAUAGAUAUCUGUAUCUGUAAAUACGGGACAUUGUUCAUCGUUCUUUGUAAUACUGUGACAAGAUAAAGAGUAUCUUAUUUUCUCAAA